AUAGCGUUUUACUCCCGAACAAUGUCCUCAGCUGAAAGGAACUAUAGUCAGUUGGAUAGGGAAGCCUUGGCCAUAGUCUCCGGGGUAAAGAAGUUCCAUGAAUAUGUUUUCGGUCGCGACUUCGAAAUCGUCACAGACCAUAGACCCUUGCUAGGGUUGCUGGCGGGCGACCGCCCAACGCCCGUGGCACUUUCGCCCAGAUUGACCCGAUGGACUAUCUUUCUGGCUGCAUAUUCGUACAAACUGCUACAUCGGCCAGGAAAGGAGUUAGGGCAUGCAGACGCCUUGAGCAGAUGCCCUUUACCAGCGACUAUCGAAGACCCCACUCCGGGCACACCCGUCUUGUUAAUUGACUCUUUGGACUCUGGUCCAGUCACUUCCAAGGAGGUGGCUCGGGCUUCUUACAAGGACAUUACAUUAAGGACUGUAAUGGGUUGGGUGCAAAGAGGAUGGCCCGCUGCGCCGGCUAACUCAAAUCCGAGCAAACCGCAGGACUUAUCUGAGUUCCAGCGACACCAACCGGUCCCUCCGAAGGAAAGCAGGAACGACUCUGCAAGUAAUCCAAGGCCGGAUGGCCUGGAGGAGGAGCUGAGAGGAACGAACAGUCCCUCCGGCCAGCUCGACUCACUCCCAGAAAAUGAACUGCGCAGGUCCGAAAGAGUUAGGAGACGCCCUGCGUACCUACGUGACUACGUUGAAAAAUAAUUAUUCAUUUUAUGUAAAUAGGGGUAAAAAGUUUUCUGGGAGGGGAGGAGUGUAAUGUAUCUUUAAGGGUUUUGGAGGGAAAAUAGAGCGGGAAAUAGCACGUUGCUAAUUGGCUGAUAGCCUCCAGCUGAACUGUAUAUAAGGAGGGGUUUUUACCGUUUGCGGUUGCUGGGUUCACCAUAUAGUAAAGAGCUGUUGUUACUCAUCUGGUCUCCUGCCUCGUUAUUGC